CAGGGAGGUGAAGAAGACGAUAAAAGCCAACACAUGAACACUGACUCAAAAAGUGAGGACACGACUCUUCAUCGGCGCAAACUCAGAUUUCAAGAUGAGGUGUUUCCUUCUACUGGCGAUGUUGGUGGCGUGUGCUGCAGCUGUUGAAGAUCUGACAGGAAAGAUGUUCACCUUCCCAGCAGAAACAAACUCCGCUCAUGUGAAGUUGAUCACCACGAAACAGCAUUUCGGUGCUGUAACCGUCUGUCACAGAUCCAUUACAGACCUCAGGAGAGACUACUCCCUGUUCUCUUUGGCCACCCCAUUUUCUUCUAACGACUUCCUGAUUUUCUGGCAUCAGAACGCGCAGACGAUUUCGCCCUGUAUCAGAAAUAAAUGGGUAAGGUUUGGAAGUUUUGACUACAAACCAAUCACCUGGCACUCCAUCUGCACCACAUGGGACUUUAAAUAUGGACUGGUGCAGGUGUGGGUCGAUGGAAAACCUUCCAUUCGGAGAUUUAUCAGCUCUGGCUCAUACAUCAGUGGACAACCUUCGAUUAUUUUAGGACAGGAACAAGAUUCUUAUGGCGGUGCUUUUGACAUUAAACAGUCUUUUGUUGGCAUGAUGUCUGAUGUCCACAUGUGGGACUACGUCCUGUCCCCCUUCCAUAUCCAGAAGUACAUGAACGGCCAGAGCUUCCCUCCAGGGAAUGUGCUGAACUGGAGGGCGCUGGACUACAAUAUCGUUGGCAACGUGCUCAAAGAAAACAAGACAUAAUUUGUGUCUAAAUUUCCAAAAUGACGGUGUAAGUGUCAGAGAAGGUGGCGCGUCAUAACUUCUAUGUUUCAUGUAAUGUAUAAAGGAUAAGUUACAUAUACUGACAACUUAUGUUGAAUCAUUAACUUCUUGUAGACGAGUUGAUUUCCCUUCAAUAAACAUAUGAAAGCAUUA